AGAGAAAGAGAUGGAGAGAGGGGUAUAGAGAAGGAUUGACAAACUUGUUCAGUGCAUACAAACUCGUGGUUUUGCAACAAAACCGCCAAGCUCCAUGCAUACCAGAGUAAAUAGGUACUUGAAAGGGGGUCUCGUGAGUGGAGUGGUAGGGCCAAGACACCGGUUUCUUUACCCCUGUAUUGUAUCCUCACUACCCUCAUCAGCGCCAGUGGAGUCGGUAUAGACACUAGCCGCGGGAGAUUGGUGGAGGUCACUGCAGUUGACUGUGGGAAACAGAGAAGGGAUUUUGGGCAACCUCUCAAGUGCACCCAUAUCUCUCCAUGGAUUUGCUAAAGUAAUUCCUGUUGAAAAAGAACAGCUUUUUGCACCCAGUUACAACAUCGUGGAGCUUCUCUUUAGUGCUACCAUUUUGGUUUAAUGCCGUACUGGUAACAUUCUCUUCAGGAUACCACCGCACAUGCUAGAGUAGUGGGGGAAGUAAACCUGUUGAAAACCAAGUGGUCUCGCUCCAAUCUUGCGCUUAUCAUCGCUGAUGCCCCCAUUCAUUUAUUUGGCUUGUGGACGAAUCUCCUAACAGGUCCUAUUAUUUUUGGAUUGCAGUGUUUGAUCCAACGCUACCAGCGUAUGCACAAACUACCAAAUUACUUUCUUAAUUUUAUUGCUGUGGAUUACGGAUUAGCAAGGGCUUCUUCUAAGUUACGUUUACUCGAUUUGGAGGAUUUUUUUCUGCCAGUACAUUUGUUCAGAUCCUGGAAAUCAUCAUUAAAAUAUCUGAUUAAUCCUGUAAUCAUUACAUGGACACCAGAACUUUACACACAUGGGAAAUAUCUUCAUGAAUCUACCAUAGCACAGAGAGAGCAGGGAUCAUUUUGCCAGGAUUCAGAAUUCAAUUCAUGAAUUUUGUAGAGAAAAGGGAUUUCUAUUUAUCAUUCUGUGAACUUUUCACUUCUAUGAAGUUCAUUGUAUAUUCAAGAAAAAAAUACCCUAGCUAUUAAACCCAGCUAGAUUUUGAAUCACACACAUGGACCUGGAGAGCGUCAUAAUUCAUCCCAUUCAGAAAUUUGUGAUGUAAAAAGAACGUAUCCAGUGAUUUCUUUUUUUUUCUUUGGCUGUUGAAAGGUGAUUGCCCACGGCUUCUGUGAUUUCAGAUGAAAGAAAGUCAUCAUCAAAUCUAACCACAAGGGCAGAUUCGGAAGAUUACCAAUUUCAUUUUUAGUUUAUCUGCUCGUAAAUAUUCCUUUUGUGACUCGAAAUAGACUGGAUCGUGGUAAAAAUCUUGUUGGAGAAUUCUAUAUGAGACAACAUUAUAAUUGUUGAUGAAUACCACAUUGCCAUGGUGAUUUUGAUUCAUGGUAGAAAAAGUCUUGGAGAAUGCCGAAUGAGUGAAAAUUGAAAUAAUUCAUCAAAUCGUAGUUGAAAGAAAGAUUGCCUAAUUCUUCUCUAGGAACCAAGAAUUCUUGAAACCCAACAGCCAAAAUUCCAACCAUCAAUUGUAUUUAAACAGUGGAAUCAUUGUUGAACUUCCAUUUUCCCCAUCUUCUCAAGUUCAGACAAUUUGUAUCCUGGCCACAACUUUGUUUUUACAGAGUUUGCCUUUUCCCCCAAGUGUAAUUCCAGCGGAGAGGGUGAAAUCGGAGCUGUAUCAUCAUCAUCCAUCCCGCAUCCAUAUUUCUGGUAGUUGAGUGUGCUGGUGUUACUGGUGGUUCAGUUCAUUGAUGACUGCCUUGUGUGGAAUGCAUGGAGGAAAAGAUUUAUUGUGCUUUCUAUGAGUAAAGAAGGAAAUAGCAUCUGUGGGUUAAUCUCUGUAAGCACUCUAGGAAUUUCUACCACUACUACUUCUUCUGUUAUCAAAGAACAUCUCCCAUAACACAAUACCUCUAUGGCUGAUGCUGGAGGAAUACAUCUCUAACAUCUGUGUGUCUGGAAUAUAUGUUUUUGGAAAGUUCAACCUCCUAUCUAUAAAUCGAAAAAUAAUGAAAUCAGUUAUAAAUUUGUAAUUCAUUCUUCUACAUCAAGCCAAAAGGGGCGUUUUACUUGGCCUGUUACCCCCAAUAAGGAAGCGGUAACCUUCAGGAAACAAUUGACUUUACUCCUAGAUUAGAGGAAAUGGUUACACUUAAACUUCAGGGAAAUAUCCAUACCAGUACCAAGAAUUGACAUCCUGCACACCAUUUCAGAUUUGUGAAGGGGACAAGCUACAUCCCACACAAGUUGAAUGAGUUUUGAUCUCCUGACCUUACUGAAGACAUUGUUUAGCCCAUGUUGUAGAUCCAUGUAUUGCCGAAGUGAAGGUUGGUUGGAUUUCAAGUAUCUUCAGAUGCCAGAUAGACACAUCAAAUCGGUAACCAGUAACAUUUUUACAACGUGCACCUGUUCUUAAAAAGGAAGUAUACUUGGUGAAUGGUAUAUGAUUUUGUAAAGUGGAAGAGGUUUUUCUACUAUUGUGUACUACCACUAUUAAGGAGAUGCUUCAGACAAUAUUGGUAAUCAUUGUGAAACCAGGACCCGGAUGCACUUCAAAUGACAGACACAUUUCAGCUCAGUUGUGAAAGAACCAAUUGAGACUGUUCCAUAUUUCAUAAGGACGUCUUGAAUGAAUGUUUUGAGAGAAUCAUUCUGUGCACUGAUUGCUUUUGAAGAUGUUAAUCAAUAAAUAAAGUCAUAAAGAUAUUUUUACAUUACAUCCUGGAUUCUCCCAAACUAGACCAAACAUGAUACAUUGCGAAAUGAUAUCAGAUUGAUUUUGUCCCCCAGAAACUCUGCUAAGUGGAUUUACUUUACAAUCCCCUCCUCUCCUUCACCCCCUGCUUCCCCCAGCGAUUUGAAAUUGAGACUCGGCUUCGAUUAGCUAUUACGUGCUGGUCUUCCAAACAAUAUUUCUUCUCCUCCUCCCCUAACCCAAGGUGGGGAUUUAAGAACAUAGGGUAUUAACCCACCCCCUCUUAUGUCGUCACAUGAAAUGUACCCAAACGGAAUUCAAUUACCAGACUAAACAACUUGUCUUCCCUCCCACUACAACACUGGGAUUUGCCAUCUAGCGUGUUAAAAAGCCGUACAGAGCUUCGGGUUGAGUUUUGGCGGGAAUACUUCUCAAGUUGCAUCUUAGAGUCUGCCAUGAUGGAUGAAGUUUUGAAUCCAUUUCUUCAAAAACAGGCCUUCUUAUUUCUUUGAUGAAAAUUUACAGCAACAUUAUUUUAGAGGAGAAUUUGUGACUCUACAUUGGAUAUUUAUUAUUUUGGAAUACAUUCAUUUCCGAGUCGCCGAGCGGACGGCGACCUUGCAAGGACAUCAUGUUGAAAUUUGUGAACAAAUCUCCAAGUCCGAAAAUUAAUGGAUCACCCAUCCAUCACCAGAAAAGAAUGUCAAUAACGAACACUGGUUCACUGGGAAAAACAUUCUACAUAGAUUUGAAUCAGAAUUAUGAUGAGGCAUUGGUAUACCAAGAUGGCAUCCUUUCAUCCGGGACGCUGGAAGCUUUCGUACAGCAUCUCGUUCCCACGGCAACAUACUACCCAGAUAGGACGUACCUGUUUGCAUUCCUGCUCACAUCAAGGUUACAUAUCAAACCGCACCAGCUUCUCAAUGAUGUCUGCCAGGUGUGCAUUAGACAACAGAGGCUAACGUCGAAGGACGUCGACAGAGAGGCCAUCAGGAAGUUCGGUCCGAAUCUCAUGCAAUUGCUCAGUGAGUGGACUGAGACAUUUCCAUACGACUUCAGGGACGAGAGGAUGAUGAGACACCUCAAAGACAUCACCCAGAAGUGCAUCGCCAUCGACCCCACCCUCAGGAAAAGUGCCGGACAACUCAUGCAGGGCUUAAUAAGAAGGCUUGCCACGUUAGAGAAAUACGAGGAUGUGUUAGCGAGGGUCAACACGGCGGCAUCAGAGAGGAUGCACGCCCUCCGAGCAAACCCGGCAUCUUUCCAGAUGAACAUCAUGGAUGUCUGCCCGCAUCCACAUGUCCUAGCGCAACAGCUUACCCACAUAGAACUGGAGAGAUUGACGAAUAUUGGGCCAGAGGAGUUUGUGCAAUCUUUCAUCAAACAAACUGAAUCUGAUACUCAAACGGUAAAGUUCCAGGACCUGAAGAGGACCAAGAACCUAGAGGCUUACGUGGAAUGGUUCAAUCGCCUGAGUUUCUUGGUAGCGACGGAGGUCUGCAUGCACAUAAAGAAGAAGCACAGAGCUCGCCUCAUCGAGUACUUCACCGAUGUCGCCAGGGAGUGCUUCAAUAUCGGCAACUUCAACUCUCUUAUGGCAAUUAUGUCUGGUCUUAACAUGAGUCCUGUUGCGAGGUUAAAGAAAACGUGGAACAAGAUCAACACAGACAAAUUUGACUGUCUAGAGCACCAAAUGGACCCCACAUCCAACUUCUCGACGUACAGACAAUCAUUGACAGCCGCCAUGCAGAGAGCAAUGAGCGCUCAGGACGGCGCCUGUGAUAAGAUAGUUAUCCCAUUCUUUAGUUUGCUCGUCAAGGAUCUUUACUUCCUCAACGAGGGCUGUAACAAUAAGAUGCCUAAUGGAUACCUCAACUUUCAGAAAUUCUGGCAGCUUGCGAAGCAGGUGACAAACUUCAUAACGUGGAAGUCUGUAGAGUGUCCGUACCCUCGGGAUCGACAAGCCCUUAAUUAUCUCCUCACCGCACCUGUAUUCUCUGAAAAUUCUCUCAAUCUUGCCUCGUACGAAAGCGAAAGUCCAGAAACGGAUUUCGAGAAGACCCAAUACAAGACCCUCAAGUUGCAAUGCACGUCAACGACGUCAUCAAAGUCAUCAUAGGUAUGGUUGCCAUGGCAAUGGCUGAUGCUAUCACAUCUCACGAGAGCGAACUCUUGAACUGAAAUCAGUUGUACGAAGGAACGGACGGAGCUACCGGUGGGUUGGUGGUAUCAGCAUGAACUGCGGGUUUUCCCCAAGAGACUCCAAUUCAUCCAUAUAAAAGAUGGAUGGAGAGUGAAUGUUGUUUGCCAGCAUCUAAAAUGUUUAGGAAUACCAAAGCAGGAUUGGAAACACCAAUCACCAGUAUGAUGAGAUCUGGAUGACCCGAGAUGCACCAUGACGGAGCAAAGAGAGUACUUUUCAUGACAGAAACCUGAUAAAAUCAGAAGCUUGAACGAUAAGACUGAUGAAUGUAGAGAUUUAAACCCUUAUGUGGAGGGGGAGAAUGGCACAAAUAAGAUGAUGCGUAGUUGAACACAAGAUUGUCUCUUUGAAUGCCUGAUGCAAUCCUGAUCAAGAUGAGAUACUGGAAGACUUGUAACUCGUGAGGAUGCGGGCGGUGAUUAACUUCGCGGAUCCAGUGUCGUCUGAUGAUGGAAGCAAAGAGUUUUUCAGGAAGUAGAAAGAUCUGAUGCAAUCAUGAUAUUAACCUCCAGGAGAGGAAAACUGCCUUUUAGCAUCAGACGGGAAAUAGAUUUCCUCUACUAUCUGAAAGAACUCUAAAA